ACGCGCUUGAAAUUCAAUUGUGGUUCGUUCAACUGACGCCCAGUUUAUUUGAGUGCAUAUAUUUAAACAAACAAAAAAGAGAAAGAGAAAGAUUGCAACGAUAAAAUGUUAAACAACAAAAAAAGAGCAGAAAAGUGAAAAGCAAAUUUUUCUGCUACGCUUGAGAACCAAAACGAAACGAAACACAACACAAAAAAGUUGUAAGAAACGCAAGACGAAAGCGAAUAGCUCACAAGAGCAACAAGAAGAAGAAGUCGAGAAAAAGAUCAUGCGUGCUUAACGACGACGGCGACGACGACGCUAGCAACACACUCACACAAACACAGGCACAAACACAUGCAGCUGGCAAGUUGUUAGAGGGGGGGGCAGCAGAGUGACAACAACUAGUGCCAAACAAUGCAAGAGAUAGACAAGAAGAGCAGCGCAGCUAACAGAAGCAGAAGCAGCGCAGCCAACAAGCACAGUAUUUUCACAUAAUUGACAACGAGCGCCUGCAAACGUGAGCAUUACAACAACAAUAACAAGACCGAGAAGCCUCACAAGAGAAUAGUCAGCAAAUUAGACACAAAAAAAUCGAAGAAAAAUAAAUAAGACUUAUCACAACACAACAACAACAAUAACAAAAAUAGUGUGUAUGUAUGUAUUGUUCUUGUGUUAGUAUUAUUGCACCCAGACAAGAAAGCUCUUUGCUUGUUGUUUGUAAAAAGGCAACAGGAGUUUGAGAUUUAAUUGAAGAAUCCUACAUUAUUGCUACCAAGCAAAAAAGGAAGGUGUUACAAAAAACAGUGUUACUGUGCAAAAGUAUUACUGCAAAAGCGUCUCAAAGGAGGCAGGCACAGAAUAUAAAUAAAACAGUGUUGUGUGCAGCAAGGAAGUGCUAUAGCCGAACAAAAAAAGCAUUUUCUUCAAACCACAAACAGUGUUGUGUGCAGAAGCAGCAAAUAAAAGGAGGUCAAACAAGGAAGCGUUUGAUUCGGAACAGGAAAACAGUAUUGUGUGCACAAGCAAAUAAAAAUAAGUUUCUCAGCCAACAAAAAUAAACUGCAAACAGUGCUGUGUGCGCACACAUCUACCACAAGUGUAAGCUCAACCCAAAGCACGCUCUCAAUUGAACGAAGGAUCAGCCAUUCUCUCUCUCCCUCACACUCUCUCUCUGCAUUGAACGACGAAGCUUUGCAAAGAUGAAAAGCUUUUGGUUGCUGUUAACAUUACCGUUACUGCUACUACUACUCCAGCUGAGCCACGUACAAAGUGUAGCAGAAGCGGACAAAGAAGAAGAGAAUGUUACAAUAACAGCAACAACAACAGCAGCAACUGCAACCACAACAAUUGCAACAGCAGCAUCUGGUCGACCACCGCCGCCGCGCAUAAUGUUGAACAAGUGUUGCCACCAGGGUGAAUAUUUGAAUGCAACAACGCUGGCCUGCAUCGCUGGCGCCUCCGAGUCGUGGAUGCCACUGGUGUAUUUGACGCAACAGUUGCGCUUCUUUGAGCCCAAAGGAGGCAAGCCGCGCUUCAUCAAACUGCUGCCAAAUGUGCGACCCGACUGUGGCAUGCAACAGCAGCAACGGGAACUGUUCAGCAGUCGUCAGGCGAAUGUGGUCAUCUUCCCCAAUGGCACCAUGUCGGUGCGGGAGCGUGGAAUACUCGUUCAGCCCAAGAACUACUGUAUCGAUCAAGAUGUGGCCUGGGUUUGCCUCGAACCGGAAGUGAACAAGGAUGAAACGCACCUAGUCAAUGGCAACUCUGCUGCUGAUGCUGAUACUGAUCCUGCUGCUACUGCUCCUAAUCCACCCCCGGCUGCCGCUCCUUCAGCAAUAGCAACUCCUUUGCGUCUGCGCAAAUGUUGCGGCAAAUGGGGCAUCUACGCGAGCAGCAGCAAAAGUUGCAGCCUUGCCCCUGCGCCAGCACAGGAUGGCCAACUAAUCCUCAGUCCGAAAUUGCAGUUGGGACAAUAUCAGACCACGUACGGAUUGCCCGAGUGUUUGGGCAAUGCCAGUGGCUAUGCCAUAGCCGGAGAUUGGCAUGAGGCAACAUUGAAUCGCAGCACGGGCGCCUUGCAACUUAGCCACACCAAUCUGAGUGCAACGCAAUAUUGCCUCGAGCACACCGAGCGACCAGGUGAGGUGAAGAUAAUCGCCUGCACCCAGCACUUUAAUCACGAUCCCAGCAAUCCGAACAACAACAACAAUAACAUAUCCUUUGGGGUUGAGGGUAAUCUGCAGAAGGCUGUGCUUGAUGUGGGCAUCCUGAUCUCGAUUGUCUUUCUGGCUGCCACUCUUGUCGCCGGCUACAUGCUGCCGGCUGUGCAUCAUGCGUUGCACUGGCGUUGCCAGAUCUAUUACGUCUUCUGUCUGCUGCUCGGCAAGAUUCUGCUGGCCAUCGAGGAGCUCAACAAGAGCUUAAUACCAGGGUCAGCGAGCUGUUUCCUUUUGGCCAUUGGAAUGCAGUUCUUCUUUCUGUCAGCCUUCUUUUGGCUGAAUACGAUGUGCUUCAACAUCUGGUGGACGUUCCGGGACUUUCGUCCCAGUUCGCUGGAACGUAAUCAGGAAUCGUUGCGUCUCCGGCUGUAUUCGGCUUAUGCAUGGGGUGUUCCACUGCUCAUCUGUGCGAUUGCCGCCUGUGUGGAUCAGCUGCCGGAGACGGAGACAUCCCUGCUGCGACCGGGCUUUGGUGAGGUCUUCUGCUGGUUCAACAAUCGCUCACUGGCCAUAUUCGCCUACUUUUACGGACCCAUCGGACUGCUGCUCUGCGCCAAUAUUGUGCUCUUCAUAUCGACAACGCAUCAGUUGACGUGUGGCCUGUGGAAACGGGAUGAUGUCAAGUCAACGUCGGAGAAAUCGGCGCUGGGCAAGGUCUGCUUGAAGCUGGUCGUUGUGAUGGGCGUCACCUGGAUAUGGGACAUCAUCUCGUGGAUAGUGGGUGGACCGCAUGGUGCCUGGCUGGUCACAGAUCUGAUUAAUGCCCUUCAGGGUGUCUUCAUCUUCAUUGUGGUCGGCUGCCAACCGCAGGUGUGGACCGCCUGCAAGCGUCUCUGUUGCCCGAGACUGCGACACGAUAUCACCAAUACCACAAAUGGGGUGCAGCACUCGAGCAGCUCCCAGGGUCUGCCCUCGAUGGCCAAUGGCACCGAAUUCACCCAGAACACCUCGAUGAACAUCACAACGACAACAACGCCGACGACAACAACGGCGACUACAAAUGCAGCCCCAGCUACACCCACAUUUGAGAAGUCAUCGCCAACUCCCCAAACAAUUGCUGCUGGCAACAGUUCAAGUUUGAGUUCGAGUCCAAAUGCAAAUGCACAUUCGAUGCCAACUCUGGCGACAACUGUUACAAAGAUACCAAUGGAGACUAUUUGCUAAGAAAGCUGAGACGAGCGAAGACAAUGCAAAAGUAAACCGGGCAACAACAAUGCAGAAGUAGCAGCAGCAAGCCCGACAGCAAUGCUAAUGAAGGCAGGCCGACAACAGCAGCAGCAACCACAACAACAACCACAACAGCACAGAGAGUGGUCAGACUUGCGCAAUAGCAAACGUAAAAGCUACAACACCAACAAAAACAGUUAAACAUUCAAGCACGCGCAUUGACCGACCUGCCAAUGACAACAGCAACAACAACAACAACUGCCCAGCCCAACCACAGCUGGCCAAGCUUUUUCGUAAUGUGAGUGUAUUUGAGUUGUGUAUGUGUGUGUGUGUGUAAGUGCUUUUGACAAUCAGCUUUUAGCCGAGGCGACAAAAGACGGACAAUUACAUAUGCAUGUAGAAAUGAAUCUAAGUGUGUGUGUGUGUGUGUGUGUGCAUGCGACAGCAUUUAACUUGAGCGAAGGCUGGCACAAAAGAAAUGUACAAAUAACGGUGAGUGCAAUGCAAAUGUGUUGGGCAAGGCAAUGCAAGAAGAAGAAAGCGAGUGCGUCAGUGAGUGAGAGCGAGAGAAAGAGAGACAACUUUAGCAUAUUUACCAUUCUAAUUGAAAAGUCAAAGUCAGUGUUGCAAAACGACUUGCGGUGUGUGUAGGCGGCCAAAGAAUGUGGUAGAAAUAGUAAUAAAUACAAUAGCAAAAUGCAAGACAAAGCGUUGCCAUUGUUCACAACAAGAAAAAUACUUUCAAAUGGCAAUUCACAACACCAACAACAACAACAACAUAAGUUCAGGCAAUGUGCUUUCUAAGCAUUUAUGCAUGAAUGUAUUAAGUAUUAUUGUUUGUCUGUUGUUUAGCCAAACGUCAGCAGCAGCAGCAGCCACAAGGAAUUUAUUGUUGAGGCAUUUUUACUCGAGUUGGGGUUUUAUUUUUUUCAUAGUCGUAGUUGUUGUUGCGCUUCUUCUUCCGCUGCUGUUAUUUUCUUUUCAAGUGUUUCGAGUGUGAGAAAUACGCCAGCAUUCAAAUUAGCCAGAAUCUGAUUGGAAUUGUGGUUGGCCUGCUUGCCUAGCAUUUUACGUCAUCGCCACACACACACACACACACACAUGUGUUUGUGCAUGUCGCUGUUUUCUGUCAUUUCAAUUGCUUCAUUAUUUUGGCAUUUCUUUUUCUGACUUCCGCUAUGAACGUCAAUUUUCUUUCGUCACUUUACAACCCUGCCCAAUGCUCCAUACAGAACUGCAGUUAAGAUAAAUCCAUUUUAUAUACAAAUUGCAAACAACUUAAUAGCACCAAUCUCUCACAGCUAAUUUUUUCAAAGCUGUCUAUUUCCAAUUUUUAAGUUUAGAUGUGAAAGAAUACGCUUUAAAAAAAAAGUGAGCAAGAAAGAAACCAUUAUUUCAUUCACCGUUUUCAAAAUAUAUACAUAUAUGUGCACUUAUAAUUAUGAAAAUUAGAAAUAAAUAAAGUCUGUAAGUGGUGAUAUUAUUAAUUAUAUAGCUGCUUUUUGGCAAAUGAAAAAAAUAUACAUACAUAUAUUGAAAAGAAUUCCAUGAACAAUAUUAACUUUACUUUUCCCCCUAUAAAUUAAAGUUAGUACUGUUCCUACCGCUACUAAACAAUAUAUUACAAAAGAACAUUUGAAACGAUUCCUAAAAUAAUGGUUUGUUUUUCAUGCCUUAGAAAAAAUGUUGUAUUUCUCAAUGAGCGUAUUUUAUAUAUAUUUUUCUAUGUUGUUUAGCUCAUCAAGGUUCUUUUGAAAGCGUAUUAAGCCACUUCAAUUUAGAUAAACUUUCUUCUUUUUUUUUAAUAUUUUUAAAUAUGUCAAUUAAUUGUUUUCAUAACUAUACUUCUUAUUCUUCUUCUUAUUCGACAUUCAUCUGAUCGUUGUCCAGUUUCCGUAACGGGGCAGGGGUAUUCAAAAAUAGGUUAAUAUUCGUUUUGCUUUGAAAUGGCAGCAAGAGUUCAACGUAAUGAAAAACUUAUCAAGGUUAAAUGGCCCAAAAGCAAUAACAAAUACAUUAAAUAUUUUCGAGCCAUAAAUGGAAUUGAAAACAGAAACUGAGAAACUGAGAAACAGCAAAGCAGGUAAAGAAGAUGCCAAGAGAAACAAGCGCUUUUAAUUAACCGGACGCACACACACACGCACACACACACACACACUGACACACACGCAAAGUACAGUUAAUUGGUGGCUAGCUUAAUAGCGUUGCCAGAUUUGUCUGUCGAUUGGCUAACUGCUAAAAAAAAGAAAAGAAAAAAACUAAAGCUAAUUCCACAGCGCUGCCAGACUGUGCUGCUUAGCGUAAUGCUGCAAUUGUUGUAUAUUGCAUAUUCUCCAACACACUCCUGUUUUUAUUUUUUAAUUUACACAAAUUUAAACACAGAAACUAAAAAAAG